UCUUUAAUAAUGUGGUUUUCUUGCUUUUUGGUGAGCACUGUGGGGAUUUUGCUCUGUAUUUUUUUGCUUUUUCUGAUAACAUACUACCUCAAAAACAAGAAUGCAAGGAUUUUUCCACCUGGACCAUUUGCUUUACCCAUUCUUGGGAAUCUCCAGAUUGUGGACAAGAAACACCCAGAUAUUUAUUUUACAGAGCUGGCUGAAGUCUACGGGAAUGUGUUCAGUUUCUGCUUCGGCUCGGAUAAAACCGUAAUUGUCUCUGGAUACAAGAUGGUGAAGGAAGCUCUGGUGACACAAGCUGACAUUUUUGCAGAUCGACCAUACAGUGCCUUGGCCAACAGGUUUUAUUCUACAUCCUCGGAUGGCCUGUUUGCAAGUAAUGGUGAAAAAUGGAAAGCACAACGACGCUUUGCUUUGUCUACCUUACGAAACUUUGGCCUGGGCAAAAACCGCAUGGAACAGUGUAUCUGUGAGGAGAUCCGAUACCUGCAGGAGGAGAUAGAGCAGGAGAAAGGUAAACUUUUUAGCCCAGCAGGGCUCUUCAACAAUGCUGUGUCUAAUAUCAUAUGCCAGCUUGUGAUGGGGAAAAGGUUCGACUACAGUGAUCACAACUUCCAGCUGAUGCUGAAGUAUUUGUCUGAGAUUCUUCAGCUGGAGGGUUCCAUAUGGGGUACGCUCUAUGAAUCAUUUCCCAGAGUGAUGAAGCAUUUGCCAGGUCCUCAUAACAAAAUGUUCAGCCAUUUUGACCAAGUCAAAGACUUCAUCACGCAGGAGAUAAACAGGCACAAGAAGGACCUGGACUGCAACAAUCCCCGAGACUAUAUUGAUGCUUUUCUUAUUAAAGUGGACAAUCUCAAAGAAUCUGACCUGGGCUUCACUGAGACCAACCUGGUUAUGUGCUCUGCAGAUCUUUUCUUGGCUGGAACGGAAACAACCGCCACCACUUUAAUGUGGGCUCUGACUUUCCUUAUCAGACAUCCUGAUAUCCAGGAGAAAGUCCAGGCAGAGAUAGACAGCGUGAUUGGACAGACCCGCCAACCUUCCAUGGCUGACAGACCAAAUCUGCCGUACACUGAUGCUGUCAUCCACGAGAUUCAGAGAAUGGGAAAUAUUGUUCCUCUCAAUGGAUUCAGGAUUGCUGCCAAGGAUACAACCCUGGAUGGUUACCACAUACCCAAGGGCACAACCUUGAUCCCCAUACUCACAUCUGUGCUGUUUGACAAGACUGAAUGGGAAACUCCAGAUACCUUCAACCCAGGACACUUCCUAGAUGCUGAUGGGAAGUUUGUAAAGAGAGAAGCAUUCCUACCUUUCUCUGCAGGGAAGCGUGUGUGUCUUGGUGAAAGCCUCGCCAAGAUGGAGCUGUUCCUGUUUUUUGUUGGCCUCCUGCAGAAGUUCACUUUCUCUGUUCCUGAUGGAGUCGAGCUGAGUACAGAGGGAAUCACUGGAAUUACACGUGUACCUGAACCCUUCGAGGUUUAUGCCAAGGCUCUAAGGAAUGAUGGAGCAAGAGGUCCUGAUCACUCAGUUGAUUCUCCUCUCUGGCUCUCCUUCACGAUGCGGCUAUGUGAUUUGUUUCUUUGGCUUAAUCUAAAGGGACUGCUGCUUUUUAUUUUUGCUGGUCUCCUUGUAGCAUAUUUUCUACAUUUUCUUAAAAAGAAGGAUCCACCAGGCUUUCCUCCAGGACCUCCUGCUCUCCCUGUUUUAGGAAAUAUCUUCAGUAUUGAUUCUGAACAGCCUCAUAUUUACCUAACCAAGCUUGCUGAUUUUUAUGGGAAUGUGUUCUGCAUACGUCUGGGAAGGCACAAAACGGUGUUUGUGUCCGGGUGGAAGAUGGUGAAGGAAGCUUUAGUAAAGCAAGCCGACAAUUUUGUGGACCGUCCUUACAGCCCAAUGGUGACCAGAAUUUAUUCAGGGAACUCAGCAGGUCUUUUCUUCAGCAAUGGAAAGGUGUGGAGGAGACAGCGACACUUUGCCAUUGCUACAUUACGCACCUUUGGUCUGGCUAAGGGGUCCGUGGAGCAGAGUAUCUGUGAUGAAAGUCAAUAUCUGAAGGACGCAAUGGAAAAGGAGAAAGGUGAGCCGUUUGACCCAGUGCCGCUCUUAAACAACGCCGUUGCCAACAUCAUCUGCCAGAUAGUGUUUGGGAGACGAUUUGACUACAGUGACCACAACUUCCAGAACAUGCUGAGGAAUCUGACUGAGAUGGCAUAUCUGGAAGGCUCCAUAUGGGCUCUACUGUAUGAUGCAUUCCCAGCACUGAUGAAACACCUGCCCGGGCCUCACAAUCGCAUUUUCAGCAGCUCCAAAUCUUUGGAGGCAUCUAUCAGGGAAGAGAUCGAGAAACACAAGCUGGAUCUGGACUCUGACAACCCACAAGAUUACAUUGACAGCUUCCUCAUAGAGGAGAAACACAACAGAAACAGUAAACUGGGCUUUGAGGAAGAAAACUUGGUUCUGUGCUGUCUGGAUCUGUUCCUGGCUGGCAGUGAAACCACUUCAAAGACUUUGCAGUGGGGACUCAUCUAUCUUAUCAAGAACCCUGACAUCCAGGACAAAGUCCAGGCAGAGAUAGACAGAGUGAUCGGACAGACCCGUCAGCCUACAAUGGCAGACAAGCCUAACCUGCCUUAUACUGAUGCCGUUAUCCAUGAGAUCCAGAGGAUGGGAAACAUUGUUCCACUUAAUGGACUCAGGAUGGCCACCAAGGACACAACCCUGGGUGGUUACUUCAUACCCAAGGGGACCUCUGUGAUGCCUAACCUGACUUCUGUGCUGUUUGAUAAGAAUGAAUGGGAGACUCCAGACACAUUCAAUCCUGAACAUUUCCUAGAUGCUGAAGGCAAGUUGGUGAGGAAGGAAGCAUUUUUACCUUUCUCUGCAGGAAGGCGCGUAUGUCUUGGUGAGGGCCUGGCAAGGAUGGAGCUCUUCCUGUUUUUUGUCAGUUUGUUUCAGAAGUUUCAUUUUUCCACCCUGGAUGGAGUUGAGCUGAGCACCGAAGGAAUCACUGGAGCCACUCGCACACCGUACCCUUUUAAGGUCUACGCCAAGCCCCGCUGAGCCAUCCCCAACAGACUAUACCAAUAUCUGUCUCAGAAUCUUAAGUGAAAAUUACUUAUCCAA